GUGAUGAUUUUUCCCGAAGGUACUUGUACAAAUCGAUCGUGUCUUAUUACUUUCAAAUCAGGAGCAUUUUAUCCCGGUGUUCCUGUUCAGCCUGUUUGUAUCAGAUAUCCUAAUAAAUUAGACACCGUAACGUGGACUUGGGAAGGUCCUGGAGCAUUAAAGUUAUUGUGGCUUACAUUAACACAAUUGAAUAGCAGUUGUGAAAUAGAGUUCCUCCCCGUUUACAAACCAAGCGAAGCCGAGAAAACAGAUCCUAAGCUUUAUGCAAAUAAUGUACGACGUCUUAUGGCGGAAGCACUACAAAUUCCUGUAUCAGAUUAUACAUAUGAUGAUUGCCGAAUUAUUAGCAAAGCUCAUCAACUACAUAUACCACGGGCAUCUACCAUAGUGGAAGCUCAUAAACUUCGUAACAAACUCGGUUUGGUAUCGGCAAAGAUGGAAGAAGAAUUAGUUCAGAAAAAAACAGAAAGAUUUAACGAAGAAGUUAAUUUACAUGAAUUUGCGCAAAUUCUUAGAAUAGAUGCAAAAGAGUCUGCUACUCAACAACUGUUUCGAAUACAUGAUAGACAAGGAAAUGGUAAAAUAGAUUUGGAAGAAUAUUUAUUCACGGUACUAGCCACGACAAAUGCAAAUUCGGAGCUAGACAAAGUUGAAACAGCAUUUGAAGUAUGUGGCAUAAAAUCAUUAUCGUGUAUUAAUAAAAUGGAAUUAAGAAAAGCUUUAAAACUUUCGCUAAAUGUACCAGUGGAAGAAUCUGAUAAAAUUUUUCAGAAUGCAAAAAUUGAUUUUGCCGAUACGACAGUAAAUUUUGAAUUCGUUUUAGCCGCACUAGCAGCAAGAACAGAAUAUUCUCAUAUAUUCGCUGGAAAUCCUGAAACGAGAAAAAAAACUAUUUGAGAGUAUUUCAUCAACUCGUUCCAUGUUCAUCGAAGAUACAGGACGCGUCGUCCUGUUUGUGGCAGAUCGCUUCUUAAUCAGAUAUGUGCUAGUCCUGUGUAAAUUUGUUCCAUUCUUGCUGAUAUUACUAUCCUUUCAACGACUACUAGAUAGCCAUUCAUUAUUUAUUAUAUUAUAAUAUGUAUUAUAAUAUGUAUUAUAAUAUCGUUGACAAAGCAAGAAAUGUUGUCUUCGUGAAAAGGAAAUCAUAUAUGGAACGAGAAUCUAUAGAGAUUAUUAGAAUCGUACUGAGCGAAUAUUAAAUAGAAAAGCUUUUCGUACGAAUAAAGUCAAUUUUUAAAAGGAGAGCAAAUAUCCAGAAUAAAAAA